AUGGGUGACCCUGAAAACUUGGAGCCAAUUACAGCUGCACGUUCCAUCGCGCCAUCCCGGCCCGAGUUCAACCGUUCCAGUUCUACCGCAUUGCAUAAUUUCCGCUUCCAUCAAGAUCAACACCUUCUUUCUGUUGAAUACUCAUACCGCCCAAACAACCUCUAUACAACCAAUUCCCCAAAUCCCCCUCUCGCCUCUCUCACAAUGUCUGUCCCAGCUUUCGCAGAUAUCGCAAAGUCGUCCAAUGACUUGCUCAACAAGGACUUCUACCACCUGUCCGCAGCGGCCCUCGAGGUCAAGAGCAACACUCCCAACAAUGUCGCCUUCAAGGUGACCGGCAAGAGCACACACGAGGGUGCCACCAGCGGAUUGCUAGAAGCAAAGUACACAGACAAGGCAACCGGUAUAUCUCUCAAGAAACUCCAAUUAACAAUAAUCCCGCGUUUCGAGCGAAGCAAUCUCCUCAAUUUCAUGCUCAAUCUCAGUCCACUUACCGGUCACGCACAGCUGCUAAUAUUCUAUCGCCGCACAGGCUUAACGCUCACCGAAUCCUGGAACACCGCGAACGCUCUCGAGACCAAGAUUGAGCUCAAGGAUGCCAUUGCCAAGGGCCUCAAGGCUGAGCUCCUAGGCUCAUUCCUCCCAGAGAAGAACACAAAGGGUGCCAAGUUCAACCUGCACUUCCAACAGGCCAACUUCCACGGCCGUGCCUUCUUCGAUCUGCUCAAGGGCCCAACCGCAAAUGUUGACGCCGUCAUCGGCCAGGAUGGUUUCCUCGCUGGCGCUGCCGCUGGAUAUGAUGUCCAGAAGGCCGCCAUUACCAACUACAGCGCCGCCAUUGGAUAUACCAAUCCUGCAUACACAGCUUCCAUCACAGCUGUCAACAACUUGAGCGUUUUCUCUGCCGCCUACUACCACAAGGUUAACUCCCAGGUCGAGGCCGGUGCUAAGGCCACCUGGGACUCAAAGAGCGGAAACCAGGUUGGUCUUGAGGUUGCCAGCAAGUACAGACUCGACCCAGUCUCUUUCGCCAAGGUCAAGAUCAACGACCGUGGUGUUACUGCCGUUGCAUACAACGUUCUCCUCCGCCCUGGUGUUACCCUCGGUCUCGGUGCCUCCAUUGAUACCCAAAAGCUCGACCAAGCUACCCACAAGAUCGGCGCUUCCUUCACUUUCGACUCUUAA